AUGGCCCUGCUGCUCCUGGGGCUCCUGGGGCUCCUAGGGCUCCUGGGGCUAUGGGGGCUGCUCCGCACCGGUACCCGUACCUGCACCCCGGCCCCUCGCUGGCCCCCUGGGCCGCGCCCGCUGCCGCUCAUCGGGAACCUGCACUUGCUGCGGGUGUCGCAGAUGGACCAGUCACUGAUGGAGCUCUCAGAGAGGUACGGGCCGGUGUUCACUGUCCACCUGGGGCGCCAGAAGACGGUGGUGCUGACUGGCUACGAGGCGGUGAAGGAGGCCCUGGUGGGCACGGGGCAGGAGCUGGCUGACCGGCCCCCCAUCGCCAUCUUCCAGCAUAUCCAGGGAGGUGGGGGCAUCUUCUUCUCAUCCGGGGCACGCUGGAGGGCCGCCCGCCAGUUCACUGUGCGUACCCUCCACGGCCUGGGCGUGGGGAGGGGGCCUGUGGCCGACAAGGUUCUGCAGGAGCUAAGGUGCCUCAUGGUGCAGCUGGACAGCUACGGAGGCCAGCCCUUCCCCUUGGCCUUGCUGGGCUGGGCUCCCUCCAACAUCACCUUCACGCUCCUCUUCGGCCAACGGUUUGACUACGGGGAUCCCGUGUUCGUGUCCCUACUGGCCCUCAUCGAUGAGGUCAUGGUCCUCUUGGGGACCCCCAGCCUGCAGCUGUUCAACAUCUACCCGUCACUCGGGGCCCUCCUCCAGCUGCACCGGCCAGUCCUGCGAAAGAUUGAGGAGGUACAAGCCAUCUUGAGGACCCUCCUGGAGGCGCGGCGGCCGCCCAAGCCUGGGAGAGGCCCUGUGCAGAGUUACAUGGACGCCCUGAUCCAGCAGGGCCAGAGGAAAGACCCCAAGGGCCUGUUUGCUGAGGCCAACAUGGUGGCCUGUGCCCUGGACAUAGUCAUGGCUGGCACGGAGACCACCUCUGCCACACUGCAGUGGGCCGCCCUCCUGAUGGGCAAGCACUCGAGUGUUCAGGGCCGGGUGCAGGAGGAGCUGGACCGUGUGCUAGGGCCUGGGCGGCACCCCCGGCUUGAGGACCAGAGGUUGCUGCCCUACACCAAUGCCGUGCUGCACGAGGUCCAGCGGUUCAUCACCCUCCUGCCCCACGUGCCCCGCUGCACGGCGGCUGACACCCAGCUGGGCGGCUACCUGCUCCCCAAGGGCACGCCUGUAGUCCCCCUGCUGAGCUCCGUGCUCCUGGACAAGACGCAGUGGGAGACGCCCCGUCAGUUCAACCCCGGCCACUUCCUGGACGCCAACGGGCGCUUCGUGAAGCGGGCGGCCUUCCUGCCUUUCUCCGCAGGUCGCCGCGUCUGCGUAGGGGAGAGCCUGGCCAGGUCAGAGUUGUUCCUGCUGUUCGCUGGCCUCCUCCAGAGGUACUGCCUGCUGCCCCCGCCCGGCCUCAGCCCCGCCACCCUGGACACCACGCCCGCCCCGGCCUUCACCAUGCGGCCGCCGGCCCAGGCCCUGUGUGCAGUGCCCAGGCCCCGGGGGCGCUGA